AUGUCAAACCAAACGUGUACCGAAACUGAACCGAGUCCAAGCGUAGACCGACAUGGCCAUCUCAUCUGUGAACCGGGUGCAACCAUAACCGAUAGAUAUCGAAUUGUGAGAAAACUGGGCAAAGGCUCCUUCAGCCGGGUGGUGGAAGUCACGGACACCAAAACGGAGUCAACAGUUGCAUUGAAAGUGAGCAGAAAUAAGUCAAGUUGCAGGAAGGCGGCAAAGAGAGAAAUCAUGUUUUUGGGUUAUAUUGCACGACGCGAUCCGGACGACACCAGCCUAUGUGCCAAAAUGCGAGAUGCAUUUUUAUGGCACGGACACUACUGCAUUACAUUCGACAUACUUGGAUCCGAUGUGUACCAUUUCCUCGAACUCAACGAAUUCGUACCGUUCCCGAUGGAUCAAGUGCGGCACAUGGCCUACCAGCUGUGCCAUGCAGUGAACUUUUUACAUCAACAAGGGAUCAUACACACCGACCUGAAGACGGACAAUAUUCUGUUUGUGGAUUCGAGCUACACGAAGGAGUAUCAUCCGGAGAAGAAAAUGAAUAUUCGGUCGGUUAACCGAAAUGAUAUUCGUUUGAUCGAUUUGGGCUGUGCUGAAGAUGACGAAUUACCUCAGUCAUACACCAUCAGUAAUCGGUGUUAUCGUGCACCUGAAGUCGUGCUGAAAAAUAAUUGGAGCCAUCCAGUCGAUGUGUGGUCGAUCGGUUGCAUUCUUUACGAAUUACACACCGGAAACCUGCUAUUCAAUACAGACGAUGACGAUUUGGAACAUUUGGCGAUAAUGGAAAGAAUUCUGGUGAAUUUCCUGUAG